CCUGCUUGGCGUGGUCCGAGACUGAUGGGGCAAUUCAGGGCCUGCGGAACGUCUUGAGCAACAGCCUUGGGGACUAAUGGGAUUGUUCUGCUCAUGAACUCUUAGGAUUGUUAUGCUCUAAUUAUCUGUGUGUGUUGAAUUAAGUUUAGUGGAUGGUGUGCAACGAUGUAUGUACACAGUAGUGUUGGGAUAGAUUCCGGGGUUAGGGCUAUGGAAGACCUUAAUCUUAACAGGAGAGUGAAGCGAGCUGAAAGCCUCGAAUCGCUCGUCCUUCGACUUAAUGGAACCUCACAACGUCGUGUCGUCGUCGUUGCAGUUGGGAUGACGACUCUUGUCGCGUUCGUGGCAGAGAAACCUUUUAAUGUCUCUCGUCACGGUCAUUCUCCAGACAUGGUUUUGCGCGCUUCUUACAUAAUGCACCGUGGACCUGCGCGAGCUUUUCUAUUGUUGUUGGCGUGAGCCGCGUGCCCAGCAUGGAGAACCUCUUUGUUUACUUGCUCAGGGGUUUGACACCACAUGCUAUAACAGCUGUUGAUGUCUGAGGACUUGAUUCUUAAGUCUUUAUGCUUGU